CUGGCUUGACUGUGUGGGUGGGUGUGACUUGGAGACGUCAGGGCCAGGCUCAGUGCUCAGGUGACCCUGAGUACCCAGAGGAGGGGUGUGGCUAUAGAGAGAAGUCUAGUGAACAAUGUGGAAGACAGCCGGGAAGGUCAAGAAAUUUCUGGCGUAACAUCAAAGCAUCAUGUCUCAGACUGGAGAGAAAGUCAAGUUUUCUGAUUCAGCUGGCUACGUGGGAUUUGCUAAUCUGCCAAAUCAGGUCCACAGAAAAUCUGUAAAGAAAGGCUUUGAAUUUACCCUUAUGGUUGUGGGAGAAUCUGGUUUGGGAAAAUCGACCUUGAUAAAUAGUUUGUUCUUAACUGACCUGUAUCCUGAACGAUACAUACCAGGCGCUGCAGAGAAGAUUGAGCGUACUGUUCAGAUUGAAGCCUCCACUGUGGAGAUAGAAGAACGAGGAGUGAAACUGCGUCUCACUGUGGUUGACACACCAGGAUAUGGUGAUGCCAUUAACAGCCAGGAUUGCUUCAAAACCAUCAUCCACUACAUAGACAAUCAGUUUGAGCAUUACCUUCACGACGAGAGCGGUCUUAACAGGCGGCACAUCAUUGAUAACCGUGUUCAUUGCUGCUUCUAUUUCAUCUCACCUUUUGGACAUGGAUUGAAACCAUUGGAUGUGGAGUUCAUGAAAGCCCUUCAUGGAAAGGUGAACAUCGUCCCUGUGAUCGCAAAAGCAGACACGCUGACCUUAAAAGAGAGGGACAGGCUGAAAAGGAGGGUCCUGGAUGAAAUAGCAGAGCAUGGGAUCCGCAUAUAUCAACUCCCAGAUGCAGACUCUGAUGAAGAUGAAGAAUUCAAAGAACAGACUCGGGUGCUAAAGGCCAGCAUCCCAUUCGCAGUCAUCGGCUCCAACCAGCUUAUUGAAGUAAAGGGUAAAAAGAUCCGAGGGCGUCUGUACCCCUGGGGAGUGGUAGAGGUGGAGAACCCUGAACAUAAUGACUUCCUGAAACUCCGUACCAUGCUGGUGACACACAUGCAAGAUCUCCAGGAAGUCACUCAGGAUCUUCACUAUGAAAACUUCCGGUCAGAAAGGCUAAAACGCACUGGCAAGCCGGUGGAAGAAGAAGUCCUUGACAAAGACAUGAUCCUACAGCAAAAAGAAGCUGAAUUGAGAAGAAUGCAGGAGAUGAUUGCCCGGAUGCAGGCACAGAUGAGGAUGAAGCCUUCUGGAGAAGAGUGAGACACAAACUCACAAGGGUCUGUGGAUUAUCGCUGAACUUGGCACCCUCAAACGGUGGUGGAGCCCUCCAACGGUUCAUCGUCCCCGUCCUCCCGUCUGUCCUUUAUUGAGUGUUUGCUUUUUUUCCGUGGUAACCAUGUAUCUUGUCUAAAUCUUUUUUAUACUCACAUCUAUAAUAUGAAUAACCUGCACACAGCACUCCAGCUAGAUGGCUGGGCACGUUGCUAAAUGUUUUCAUUUUUAAUUGACGAUACAGUAAGAGAAACCAGGGAACCUUUCCUUGUCCCAAAUGUUGUUUUGCACUGUCCUGUUUACAUUAUUAUUAUUAUUAGUAGUAGUAGUAAGCCUGUAUUUGAUGUUUUGUUGCUUAUUUCCAGUUUAGCAUCCCAUUUUGUACCAGAGGUACCCACAUAUUGGGCUUAGAGUCACUGUGGUGUUUAAACCACAAAAAUCUGUGAAAUGAUAAUGCAACUAUAAACUUAAGGUACGGUGAAAGGUUAGAGCUGAUCAUUUAUUCUCUUGUUGUCUGAACCUGCCAUCUGUGUUUGAACAGUAGCCCCCAUUUAAUAGUCACGCUAGGGCUGUCCAGCUGAAAGCAGAAUGAUCCAAGCUAAUUGUUCAUUGGCUGCACUCGCACCAGUGUUGGUAAAAAGCCCCAGUGUGUGGUACCUCUCCUCUAGUAAGUGCCUUUAUGAUUGGGUUAACACGAGAACCUGAACACUUUUUUAAUGUGUACAACUUUUCUAGAGAACACUAAACUGACUGCAGUUACCAUUCUUCCAUGGUGUUACAAUGUGACCAAGAGCUGCAACAGAGUCUAAUGUCUAGGGAGCAGAACCUGGUGAGCAGAUUCAGAAGGGGAAAAACACGGGCACAGGUAUCUUUGAGAAACACAUGCCCAUCUUCCUGUAGGGCUUGAGGAUCCAGAUGCUGGCUCAAUACAGAGGUGCAGGGGCCUGUUUCAUGCAGAGCAUUAACUGUAAAUGAUUUUAAGCACCUGAACAAAUCCACCUCUUUCAAAGGGUCUUAGGCUUGUAUAUAUCAAGCCGUCAUUCGGUAGGUAAAAGUAUCUAACUGGUGUAAUUUGCCUCUUUAAUACAAUUUUUCAGUCACUUAAAGGAACAAUUACAUCAAAAAAUGAAAGUGUUUUAAAGUGAUAAAAACAUAAUUCAGUGUUGCCCUGCAUUGGUAUAAACUGCUGUGUUUGCUUCAAAAACACUACUUUAGUUUAUAUAAUUAAGCUGCUGUGUAGCAGUGGGGGCAGCCAUUCAAAAGAAAAAAAGCCUCAGGUUACACAGCAAAUAGCAGACAAUCUCUGUAGAACAUAAUAGUGUUAUCCACUAUUUAACCUGGGCCAUAUAGUCUUUUUUUUGAAUUUCUGCCAUUUCUACACAGCAGCUUGUUUAUAUGAACUAUAGUAGUGUUUCUGAAGCAAACAGAUCAGUUUUACCAGGGCAACAUUAUAUGAUAUUUUCAUUACUGCAAACCUUCAUUUUUUGCUGUUCCUUUAACAUGUAAUAGUGAGCUAAUACAUUCAGCAUCCAGUCUGCAACUGGCUGCUGAACUUUAGCCAGACCUCUUAUAAAGGGCCGCACUAUUUAUAUCCAUGCUCUGAAGAAAGAUGUUAAAUACUGAUAUCUUUUAAACUUUUUAUAUGAAGGAAACAACAAAUUGUGUUUUCCAACAGAAUGUUUAAGUCAAGUGUACACCUUAUACCUGGGAGGGCACUAGGAGUAUGAGUUGGAGAACAAUUUAGUUAGUUAAGUUCGUUAAAUAUCCACGUGUUUUUGCCAAUACAAUGUACUGUACAUCAUCUGUUAAGGUGUAGAACGCCAUUUUAAUUUCAAGGUGCCUUAACAAUAUUCAAUAAGCCAGUAAUCUAGAUGCAAACAAUCACAUAAAUGAUCUGAGAAGGGAAAAGCUGAUGCUGUGAGUCUGGCAUUAUUACUAAGAUCCAAAUAACUGCACUUGCCAUAUGACUUGCCUGUAUGAUUUCUCCUCCCCCCAUCUAAAAGAAAAGCACACAUGUAUGUCAAAUAGCAAGCAUUGGAAGGAUAAAAUAUAAGGAUCAGACAUGCCGAAUCAAAAUGCACACUGUCAGCAUUUCCCUCGUAGCUGCUGUCUCUGCUGAUAUCUCUCGGGCUUAUAAACUAGACACAGAACAGAAGAAGAGUACCCUGGAAGCAGUCAUAUUAUGCCAACCAUUCCAAAGUUAGCAUUCUAUUUGUUAUUUCACUUUUAACAGAGACCACACUGCUGAAAUAUUCCAACUAUACCCGUCUGAUAAGGAUUAUUAGGCAUACUAAUGACCAGUCUUCAUAUGGAAACAUUUAUUCUUUGCUGUAAAUUUUAUCCAGCAAGGGGAGAGUUAAAGGGGUGGUUCACCUUUAAGGUCACUUUUAAUAUGUUAUAAAAUGGCCAAUUAUAAGCAAUUCUUUAAUUGGUUUUGAUUAUUUUUUAUUGUUUAAUAGCUAUUUGCCUUUUUCUUCUGACUUUUUGCAGCUUUCAAAUGGGCGUCGCUGACCCCUUCUAAAAAACAAAUGCUCUGUAAGGCUACAAAUCUAUUGUUAUUCCUAAUUUUUAUUACUCAGCUUACUAUUCAGGCCUCUCCUAUUCAUAUUCCAGUCUCUUAUUCAAAUUAGGGCUUGGUUGCUAUGGUAAUUUGAACCAUAGCAACACAUUGUUGAAAUUGCAAACUGGAGAGCUGCUGAAUAAAAAAAACAAAUAACUCAAAAACCACAAAUACAAAUAAAUGAAAAACAAUUGCAAAUUGUCUCAGAAUAUCACUCUCUACAUAAUACUAAAAGUUAUUUCAAAGGUGAACCACCCCUUUAACAAGGAAUAACAAUUUCAUACUCCAGUUAUUAGGAAGAAGCAAAGCAUCAGAGACCUGCCUGUGUAGAAUCUGGUAGGCAUUAAAGGCGCAUAACACAUUCUUUCUGAAUUGACUUUUUUAAACAAGUGCAAAUCCAUAACACAUGACCUCUGCUUCCUUUUGUCUUUCUUUUAUAAAUCCCUGAUAUGUACCCCAGAAAUAAUUGCUAAUAAACUACAGAAUAUACA